AGCGACGCAGUGUUGUUGCCUUUCCCAGACGACCCGCUGCUGCUGAGCAAAGGGAGGCUUUCAUCGUUGUGUGCACUUGUUGUCAUGUCAAGAGCCGACUGCCCUUUUAGCAUCCAGACAAGUUAACAGGCGGAUUUCAGGUGUAAUCAGAGGGCAUACAUAUUCGCUUGGAUAGAAGAACUGUGAGAUGAAAUGACAACGUCAACACUACAGAAAGCAAUUGACCUCGUGACCAAAGCCACAGAAGAGGACAAGGCAAAGAAUUAUGAAGAGGCCCUGCGCCUGUACCAGCAUGCAGUGGAGUACUUCUUGCAUGCCAUUAAAUACGAGGCCCAUAGUGACAAGGCCAAGGAGAGCAUUAGAGGGAAAUGCAUGCAGUACCUGGACCGCGCAGAGAAGCUCAAAGACUACCUGAAGAACAAGGACAAGCAGGGCAAGAAACCGGUCAAGGAGGCUCAAAGCAAUGACAAGAGUGACAGUGACAGUGAGGGGGAGAACCCUGAGAAGAAGAAACUGCAGGAGCAGCUCAUGGGCGCCAUCGUCAUGGAGAAGCCAAACGUCCGGUGGAAUGACGUCGCUGGCCUGGAGUGCGCCAAGGAAGCACUGAAGGAAGCCGUCAUCCUGCCCAUCAAAUUCCCUCACCUCUUCACAGGCAAGCGGACCCCAUGGAGAGGCAUCCUGCUGUUUGGGCCCCCAGGAACGGGAAAGUCCUACCUGGCCAAGGCCGUGGCCACGGAGGCCAACAACUCCACCUUCUUCUCCGUCUCCUCCUCUGACCUCAUGUCCAAGUGGCUGGGAGAGAGCGAGAAACUGGUGAAGAAUCUGUUUGACCUGGCCCGCACGCACAAGCCCUCCAUCAUCUUCAUCGACGAGGUGGACUCACUGUGUGGCUCCAGGAACGAGAAUGAAAGUGAAGCCGCCCGGCGAAUCAAGACAGAGUUCCUGGUUCAGAUGCAAGGGGUUGGGAACAACAACGACGGGAUCCUGGUCCUCGGAGCCACCAACAUACCCUGGGUGCUGGACGCCGCCAUCCGCAGAAGGUUCGAGAAGCGCAUCUACAUCCCCCUGCCGGAGGAGCCGGCCCGGUCCCAGAUGUUCCGCCUCCACCUGGGCAACACGCCCCACAGCCUGACGGAGCCCGACCUGCGGCAGCUGGCCCACAAGACGGAGGGCUACUCCGGGGCGGACAUCAGCGUCAUCGUGAGGGACGCCCUCAUGCAGCCCGUCAGGAAGGUCCAGUCGGCCACACACUUCAAAAAGGUGCAUGGUCCGUCACGUAGCAACGCUCAGCUUAUGGUAGAUGACCUCUUGACCCCCUGUUCCCCGGGGGACCCUGAUGCCAUAGAGUUGACCUGGAUGGACGUGCCUAGUGACAAGCUGCUGGAGCCCAUAGUAUGCAUGUCGGACAUGUUGCGCUCUCUGUCCACCACGCGUCCCACCGUCAACUCUGAGGACCUGCUGAAGGUCACGAAGUUCACAGAGGACUUUGGAAUGGAGGGCUGAAUAGGAGACAAAGCCCCUUCCCGUCUCCCCAAAGGCUCCAUCUCCUCUCACUGGCUCCCUUGUACCAAGUUCCCCUCAAGUUAAGCCCAGCUACUGUACUUAAUCUCACUCCCUCCUUCUCCCUCUCCCCUGCGUCUUCUCUGAUUGGAUGUACGUGAGUCACUGCCUUUCAUGGAUUUUUACGUAAAAACAGAUGGUGCCUAAAAAAUAACAAAAAAAAGUACCUGAUGGGGUGAGAGUUGUCUUUUUGUUUUCUCGAAUCUGGUCCAUGCACUGUUUUUGAAUCUUUGGAUGAGGUUGAAGAGAAAAAUAGUCUAAAAGACAGAGUGGACAACAGCCUGUGUUUCCUGUCCGGUCUUAGACGCUACCUAGUAUCUUUUUGAAUCUACAUGUUACCUGACGUAGAACACGGAUUCCGUUUAGUCCGUCCCUUCUCAUAGUCUACCGCUUAGACUACAGUCUUUUAAAGGAUUUGACUGAACGUGCUGCAUAUUAGCUUGAUAUAAGCUUUAAGGAACAAACAUCAAUUAUGUUUGUACUUUAUUGUUCCAGGCAUGUGGAUGUUUGUGUGCAUCUGCUGUCGUUUCAUUUGUUAUUGUUAAUUUAUUUGUGUGUUAAUGUUUUAACACAUUUAAGGUUGGCUUUGUUCAUUUUUUUACUUUUUCAUUUUUUUAGUGAUAUGUCAAUCCAAUUGUGAUUGGCAUACAUCACUGGCUGUUUCCGUAAACCGUUGCUGCCAGCUGAAAAAAAUUGUUCGACUCAUAAUAUCUGAAGAACAGUAUGGCUCACCAAGAAAGAAAUCACAAAAGAGGAUUCACUUUUCAAAAUGUUUGAAAAUCUUAAAAUUAAAGUUCUUGGUUGGUUUA